UAGCAGACACGCACCACCCUAGAGAAUAGAGAGCCAGAGGUAAAACACAAACACCACAGCAAAUCCAGAAGGCCCUAGAGUGCGGGGCAGAGUGAAGAGAGAUGGGCGGUUGGGCUAUUUCUGUGCACGGUGGCGCUGGCGUCGACCCAAAUCUCCCUCUCGAGCGCCAAGAACAAGCCAAACAGCUCCUCACUCGCUGCCUCAAUCUCGGAAUCUCUGCUCUCCGUUCUGAUCUUCCCGCCAUUGAUGUUGUUGAACUUGUUGUUAGGGAAUUGGAAACGGAUCCGUUUUUCAAUUCCGGCCGUGGAUCCGCCCUGAAUGAAAAUGGCAGGGUUGAGAUGGAAGCCAGCAUCAUGGAUGGACCCAAAAGACGAUGCGGCGCCGUAUCGGGGUUGAGCACCGUCAAGAACCCGAUCUCGCUUGCCCGACUCGUCAUGGAUAAGUCCCCGCAUUCCUACCUUGCCUUCUCCGGCGCCGAAAGCUUCGCCAGGCAACAGGGCGUUGAGCUGGUGGACAAUGACUAUUUUAUCACGGAGGAGAAUGUGGGGAUGCUCAAGUUGGCCAAGGAAGCCAACACCAUCUUGUUUGAUUACAGAAUCCCACUUGGGAUGGAGACUUGCGCUGCUGGUGUGGAGAGCCCGUGCCUACAGAUGAACGGGCUGCCCAUAAGCGUGUACGCACCCGAGACGGUCGGAUGUGUGGUCGUGGACAGCCAGGGCCGCUGCGCAGCUGCCACCUCUACCGGUGGGCUCAUGAACAAAAUGACAGGUCGCAUUGGGGACUCGCCACUCAUUGGGGCUGGUACCUACGCGUGUGACCUCUGUGGGGUCUCUUGCACAGGAGAGGGAGAGGCCAUCAUACGCGGGACACUGGCGCGUGAAGUUGCUGCUGUGAUGGAGUACAAGGGCUUAGGCCUUCAGGAGGCUGUGGACUUUGUGAUCAAGAACAGGCUCGAUGAAGGAAAGGCCGGACUCAUUGCUGUGUCCAACAAAGGAGAAGUGGCUUGUGGGUUUAACUGUUGCGGAAUGUUCAGGGGGAGUGCAACAGAGGAUGGGUUCAUGGAGGUUGGGAUUUGGGAUCAGUAGGAGUUUCCCUUCUUUUUUGUUGUUGUUGAAAAAGAAAGCGGUCUCUGGAUUUGCUUUG